CGACUCCUGAAUAAAGCCUAUAGGUCUUGAUCUGAAACAUAUAAAAGCGCUGUAACCUAAACUUGUUUUCGAAUUUUUUGCAAUAGGUGUGCUUAAACGAAAAUAAUCCUUGAGACCAUGUCAACAACAGUUUGAGCCCUAAGCCUCUAGGUUCUUUCACACCUUCAAUUUGUAAAGAAACUCCCAGCCUCGAUAAUCACAAUAAAAUAGCCGUCAGCUUUUUUUUUUAAUGCCACUUUGUGAACUUUUCCCUAGCGGCCUUACAAAAGAGGCCAAUGCUUUAGAAAUCCCCGCUCAAACUGACUGGAUUUAAAGACCUCUGGUGGCGAUUCUUUAGAAUGAAAAAAAAAACUCACGAGACUUGACAGAAAUCGGCCUUCAACUUUACUUCUGCAGUGACGUUGCAGUAAACACAAAAGAAACAGCGCAGGCCCGAACUGGGAUCUGUCGAUACACCACAAACAAAACUGCAUGAUAGAUCACUGUGGAGCCUGCCAACGUUGUGUAAAUGACAGCAGUAGAAUUUUGGAGAGUGUAUCGAACAGUCUGUCACUAAGAUUGGACGCAAGGUUUUCAGUGCAAGUUAGACAUCCAUUCAUCCUUGUCUUGUGGAACACUGCGUCGCUGACUAGUCAAAAUGUCGCAGACGAAGGACAGAAAUGGUUCUUUGGAUCCAAAAUACCAGGAGCUUCCAACUCAAGAACAAAAUGGCAACUUCGACAACGUCAUCAUGGAGGACGUCCUUGACGACAAGGAGGACGCGCACGCGCAGUGUGGUCUCGGCGCCCUAAGGUGCCGUUGCCUCCAGGUAUUCGCACAUCCAAAUGCGUACGUACUCCUCGUUGGUCUCAUGUUUAUGUCUACCAUCGGAGCGAAUGGAGUGUACGUGGCUGGUGUCAUCUCGACCAUCGAGAAGAGGUUUCAGUUGAAGAGCUCGGAGUCUGCUCUCCUGUUGUCCUUUAACGACGUCUCUUCGUUGAGCGGGGUCCUGUUUGUGGCACACUUUGGAGGAAGAUCACAUCGGCCGAGAAUCAUCGGCAUAUCAUGCCUGCUGGUCGCCCUGGGAUCGUUCUUGAAUGCGCUGCCUCAGUUCAUCUACGACAACCCGGCCCUUGACGAAAUUUUCGUCACCAAUGUUAACCAAUCAGAGCAGAAUGCUGGAACAUUGCUCUACGAAAAGGAUUUCACCUGCAAUGCUCAGGCGAACGCAACACCGUGCACAGCCGAGGAAAUCGAAGCGUCUGGUUCCCAACUCGCAAAGACGUGGCCCAUCAUAUUGGGCCAGUUGCUGUCUGGGGUCGGAACCUCCGCCAUCAUACCGCUGUCGGUGACGUACGUCGAUGACGCGGUGGAGAAGGCCAUUCUACCAAUCUAUAUGGCUCUGAUGUUUCUGCCAAUGGCAAUUACUCCCCUGUUUGGAUUCGCGAUCAGCGGCUAUUGCCUGUCGCUCUUCGUGGACUUCUACAAGACCGACGUCUCGGAGCUCGGUCUCACCCCCCGGGAUCCUCAAUGGCAAGGCGCCUGGUGGCUGGGCUUCAUCAUCUACGGCUGUUUGCUGUGCCUGAUCGCCGUCCCUUUCUUCUUCUUCCCGCGGAAGCUCCGCAAACCGAAAACGUACUUUUUCGGCCUCCAUAUGCCUGACUGCUGCAAAACAAUGAUUGGACGAGGGCCAGGGAGAGGUGGGCGGGGCGAAGGGGGCGUGGCUAUGGCACAAAUAGCUACACAUCACAAGAAGCAUGAGGGACAACCGAUACUUGUUGCCUUAAAAGAAUUUGUGGCGUCACUGUGGCGUCUUCUCACCAAUCCCAUCUUCAUGACCUCUCUGAUGGGCUACUGCAUGCUGGUGAUUGCCUUUUCCGGUUUCGGGUUUUUCUGCGCGAAGUACAUGCAGUACCAGUUUGGAAUAAGUCCAGUGAGGGCUGGGCUUUUAUUAGGAUUUACUGUUAUGCCUGGUUCCCUGAUCGGUAUCAUGCUUGGAGGUGUAGUGUCUUCGCGGGCGGCAGGGAGCCAGCGGGGUUAUGCCAAACUCACCAUUGGUGUCCAAGUUCUGUGCGUGUUAGGGUAUGGCAGCAUGAUGGCCCUGGGAUGCCCCAACAUCGAUAUUGCCGGACUGACAACUCAAUAUGGCGCCGGUGGUCACGUGACUGGAAACAAUUUGGAUGUCUUCUCAUCUUGCAACAUGGAUUGUUCUUGCGAGAAGGGCGUGUAUUCUCCCGUGUGUGGCUCUGACAACAUCACAUACGUAACGGCUUGCUUCGCGGGCUGCAAGGCAGUAGGCAAAGAUGAAGAUGAUAUAACGAUUUACGAAGGCUGCACUUGCAUCAACCAAACUGGGCAUAGUUCUCUGAACGAGCCAGCUUCCGGUUCUGCAUUCCAAGGCGCAUGCGCGUCGAACUGUGACCUCUUGCUUCCAUUCAUCAUCAUCCUAGGUGUCACCACGGCACUCUCAUCCAUGUCGUUUAACCCCACGUUCAUGAUGAAGUUCCGGUCUGUUUUAGACAAGGACAGAGACCUGUCACUAGGACUGACAUCCCUUUUCAGUAAAAUACUCGGUUUCAUACCGGCCCCUAUCAUUCUGGGUGCGGGCCUCGAGAGUCAGUGCUCCUACUGGCAGGAAUCGUGCGAUGCUACGGGAGAAUGUCUGGAGUACGACCGGCCGGGGCUUAGGUUCGUCUUCACCGGCUUCGCGGCUGGCUUCAGGCUCCUAGCUAGCUUGUUCUUCUGCAUCGGCGCGUUCUUCAUUUACAGGGCAAGCAAGUACGAGCAAGCGAUCGACAAUGAUGAAGUGGCCACUGCGAAUGGCAAAUCGGACGCCAAUGGCGGGAUGAGAAACGUGGAAAAGACACUGUCCUCCACCGUAACAGAUGUGUAAAUCCAUUUAUGGAAACAAGAAGUCUGCAACAAGCUAAAACUGGUUCAACCCUUACAUACAGAUGCGCCCUCAAUUUUUCACAUCGUCAAAUAACGAUCCUGUACAAGUUUUUCUUCUCGCUUUUUCAAAAUAACAAUUAAUAAUUUAAACACUUAUAUUGCGCGAUUUGCGCAAAAUACUGGGCUACAUAAAUAUAAUCACAUGUGCAUCACAGUUAUUAUCCCUGUUAUAUUGCGCAAUCUGCGCAAAUUAGGCUACAUGAAUAUAAUCAACUGCGCAUCACAAUUAUUAUCCCUGUUCAUCAGGAAUGAGACCACUUUUUCUGCAGCAGCUCCAGAUCAGCGCAAUUUUGGUCUCUACCGUAACAUGUAUCCAUUUAUACUCCUGGGUGGAGAGAGGCAAUCGUAGUAAAGUGCCUUGCCCAAGAACACAAGCACCAUGUUCCCCGCCAGGGUUCGAACCCAUGUACCACGGCACACUAGUCGAACACCGUAACCAUUGGACCACAGCAUAUUUUUUUCAGUAUCAGAAUUUCAUGAUUACAGAUUCAUGCCACUUAUCAGGGCAGGGGAAACAAUAGUAUUUUGAACACCUAAAAUCUUUCAAUUUAAAUACGCAGGAAAUCUAUAUGUAGGAUAUAAUACAGAUAAAGAAGAUCGACAAGUUACUAGAUAAAAACGAGGACAUUUUUUAUUGCUGUUUUAUAUUCAAAACACAAAUUAUACAAAUUCUAAAACUAUCACCAUUUUGUAACACAAGUUCACUUCAUGUACAGGUCCUCAUUAUUAGGGACCUUAAAAGCGUCUUAGGUAACUUAAAAGUAAAUUAAAACUGUAUAUAAUGCUUUAGCGACAGUUUCCAUGGUUGAGUAGGUUUUGUAUUGAAUAAUUUCGGAUUGUACUUAAUUAAAAUUGUAUUACUACUGCACGUUAUUCCUUUAUUCAAGCUUGUAUAAAAAUGCUAGGGUGAGUCAAAAAAGCAAAACCCAAAUGUCGGGACCAUUGUUUUAGUGAAGUUCUGCAUGUAGCCCUUUAAAAAUCUAGAGUACAAAAGCUUCAUUCAUAGCCUUUCUCUUAGUACAAGAAUCAUUCAAAUCACUUAUG